AUGGCUUCUUUAUCAGAAUCAACUUAUUAUCAGGACCAAGCCUCGGCUCCAGCUUCAACAUUCUAUAACUCAACUAAUCAAUCAGAUCCACAUACACUUAUAGACGGAACAGGUUCACCGUCCUCAGGUUCCAGUCAUCUGACACCCUACUAUGAUACUAUGAACCAGACCUCAGCACAAUCUCCUGUUCACCACCAGAUAUCACAACAGGCAUUCUACGAGGAACAGCCCGAGCAAGCCAGCCCUCCAGCAGAUGUCUCAGCUGAGCAACCUUUCUAUGUCAACGCAAAACAAUACCACCGCAUAUUGAAGAGAAGAAUUGCUCGUGCCAAGUUGGAAGAGAACUUGAAAAUUGCCAGAACAAGGAAACCUUACUUGCACGAAUCGAGACACAAACAUGCCAUGAGAAGACCGAGAGGUCAAGGAGGUCGUUUCUUGACGGCUGCUGAAAUAGCCGAAAAGGAAAGGCUCGAAAAAUUGAAAGAAUUCGAAGACAAACAAAACGAAGACUCUGAGGAGUCCACUAAAUUAGAGACCGCUACUAAAGUAGAAAAUGAGUCUAUUCCAGCUCCUGCGAAUGGAGUUGCAGAGAUCUCAAAAGGAAAUGAAGCCAAUACUUCUGAGAAAACGAAUUCUACAACAACUAAUGUUGAAGAUUCCAUCUUCGAGAACUUGAUGAGCAACACUGAAUAG